UUUGUUCUGGCUCGAUCGAUGUGUUCCGUUCCGUCCAUCCAUCUGUCAAUUGCAUUUAAAGCAAAUAUCGCCCAUAAGAAAUGGGCUAUAAUAAAGCGUAUAAAGUGUAUACUGUGCAACAACAAAAGAUUGGUUACGUUUGCACUUGUUUAAACAGAGCGACGAACAGUUUCCAUAAAGAACUUCACAGCUCACUACCUGCGCUUGUUGAUUUUUUGGUGCACGAUAAAGCCAGGCCAGCAUAGACUAACUAGCUUCGCUUAUUUCUGUCUUAUCGUCUUUCGAAAUGCUUGACAAUAAAUUAGAUUUUGUGCAAAUUCUUACGUGCGAUCGAUCCACUCAAUUCAACGCCAUGAUGGUGCAAAUAAUGGAAAGGAAUACCGAAAAAGAAAUACACCCCGGGCAAAUCACAAGUUUGUGUGAUUUAUAUCAUAACAAAAGCUGGAAGAAAUGCCAGAUCGAAGAUUAGGUACUCUUCAUCCGCCAAACACUAAUCGCGAUUAAUUUAUGGAUGUCACCUAUAAUCUUAUUGUAAUUAUAUUAAUUAUAUACAAAACUUAGCGAGAAAACAGUGAUCAUAAGAUAGUUUUCAACGAACUAUGUUUUCUUUGAUGUUUGAAGUACGAAUUUUUGAUGGGAACUAGAACGUUCUUAUAGAUAAUAUCCUAUCUACGUUUUGACUGUGAAUUUUUUAAUGAUUUUUUGCAGCAGGGUAGCUUCCAUUCGCGUCUUAUUAUCCCAAGUGUAUUUUCAGACCGAAGUCUUGGUCUUUAGCUAGC